AUGUUCAAUUCGAAGAGACCGUGUGUACGUAAAGAUUGUUCAUUAGCACAACGUACUGUUAUGGAUGGAGAUUUAAUAGGGAUAAAUUAUCCAUUACGAUCUCCAUCCAGCACUAACAUUCAUCCGAAUGCUCGAUGGCAACAGAAUGGUAUCACUGUGGCUGGAGGAAAUCGACAAGGCAAUGGAAUCAAUCAACUCUCAAACCCAUGGGGUUUGUAUGUUGAUGAUGAUCAAACAAUCUAUGUUGCUGAUCGAGUGAAUCAUCGUAUUGUGGAAUGGAAACGAGGUGCAACAAGUGGUCAAGUGGUUGCCGGUGGAAAUGGACAAGGAAGUGGAGAUCAUCAAUUGUAUAACCCAUAUGAUGUGAUUAUCGACAAAGAGAGAGAUAGUCUCAUCAUAUGCGAUCGUUCGAAUGGAAGAGUGGUUCGAUGGCCUCGUCGAAAUGGGACAAGUGGAGAAACAAUCAUCUCCAACAUCGAUUGUUUGGGUUUGACAAUGGACGAGAAUGGAUCUCUCUAUGUCACUGACUUUGGAAAACAUGAAGUGAGACGAUAUCGAAGAGGAGAAUCUCAAGGAACAGUGGUUGCAGGUGGCAAUGGAAGUGGAAAUCGUCUCGAUCAACUCUCUUCCCCCUCAUACGUAUUCGUCGAUCGAGAUCAUUCAGUGUACGUAUCUGAUGAGAUAAAUCAUCGUGUGAUGAAAUGGAUGGAAGGUGCAAAACAAGGCAUUGUCGUGGCUGGUGAUCAAGAAGAAGGAAAUGGUCUUACACAAUUGUCAUAUCCUCGAGGAGUUGUUGUCGAUCAAUUGGGCACUGUCUAUGUGGCUGAUCGAGGGAAUAAUCGAAUCAUGCGUUGGCCUAAAGGAGCCACACAAGGAAGUGUCAUUGUUGGUGGAAACGGUAGAGGAGAACAAUCGAACCAACUCAAUAGACCCUUCGGUUUGUCAUUCGAUCGACACGGUAAUCUCUAUGUCGUCGAUUGGAGAAAUCAUCGAGUUCAACAAUUCGAACUUCAAUCCAAUCCAAAGUGA